UUGAAACACCAGACAGACACAAAAGUGAACUGUCCAGGACGGCUGACGGAGCGUCCAUGUGGAAUUACAUUCACAGCGGUGAAUGAGCUGACAGCAGACAGCAUGAGUAGGUCGUACUCGAUGAAACCUGAUAAACAGGGAAGUGGAUCUUGCGAGUCUUUCAGGUUUCUGUCCAUGAAAGGGAUGGCCGCAGAGAACCCAGCGUGCUCUGCCCAAAGCCAGCCGCCCUGUAGCCUCAGUGUGAGUGGAGUGUCCUACACAGUCAGUGAUCGUAUCGGGCCCUGGUGGGACCUGAAGUCCUACAGGAAAAAAUGGACUCGGCAGAUUCUCAAUGAGGUGUCGUUUCAUGUGGAAAGCGGUCAGAUAAUGGGCAUCCUGGGGAACUCAGGCUCUGGAAAGACCACUCUGCUGGACGCCAUCGCCGGCCGCAUUGGCAACACCGGCACUCUCACUGGGGAAGUGUAUGUGAAUGGAACAAAACUCAAGCAAGAGCAGUUUCAGGACUGUUUCUCUUAUGUGCUUCAGAGUGACAAUCUCCUGAGCUACCUGACAGUAGAGGAAACCUUGACAUUCACGGCUCAGCUGGCUCUGAGGCAGCGCUCUGCCAUGGCAAUCCGCAAGAAGGUGGCUGCGGUUAUGGCGGAGCUGAGCCUAAGCCAUGUGGCUUGCAGUGUGAUUGGCGGCCGAAUCUUUCCUGGUAUCUCUGGAGGGGAGAGGAGAAGAGUAUCUAUCGCUAGCCAGCUGCUCCAAGACCCCAAGGUGCUCCUCCUGGACGAGCCAACCACGGGCCUAGACAGCAUGACGGCCAACCAGAUUGUGGUGCUGUUGGCGGAGCUGGCCAGGAGGGACCGCAUCGUCAUAGUGACCAUCCACCAGCCCCGCUCAGAGCUCUUCAGAAUUUUCAGCACUAUAGCCAUCAUGAGCCGUGGAGAGUUAGUGUUCUGUGGGCAGCCUGAGGAGAUGGUGGACUUCUUCAGUAGAUGUGGCUAUGAGUGUCCAGAGUACUGCAACCCCUUUGAUAUCUAUGUGGACCUUACGUCGGUGGACACUCGCUGCAGUGAGAGAGAGGCUGCCACCUACAGGCGAAUGCAUGAAAUCACCUCAGCGUAUCAGAGCUCAGAUAUUUAUCAGAACAUGACGUGGAAGAUUCAGGAGAGCUGUCGCCAUUCCAACAAACCCAUGAUCCCCUUCAAGAACAAAGAGUCCCCCAACUGUCUCUCCAAACUGGGCGUCCUCCUCAGGAGGACAGUAAGGAACUUGUCUCGAGACAGAAUGGGCAUUCUCAUGCGUCUCUCUCAGAAUCUCAUCUUUGGUCUCUUUGUGGCUUUCUUUGUCAUGAAACUUGAUAAUGACAUCACUAAAGGUGCAGUGCAGGACCGAAUCGGUGUCAUCUACCAGUCCAUGGGUGCUUCACCGUACACUGGCAUGCUGAAUGCUGUGGCCCUGUUCCCUGCUCUGAGAGCGAUAGCUGAUCAGGAGAGUAAAGAUGGCUUGUACCAGAAGUGGCAGAUGUUCCUGGCCUACAUCAUUCACAUCCUGCCCUUCAGUAUCAUCAGUGUAUUUAUCUUCUCCUCCUUUCUCUACUGGACAGUGGGCAUGAACCCGGAUCCCUGGCGCUUCUUGUGUUUUACAGCUGUGAUCAUGGUGCCUCACAUUGUUGGUGAACUCCUGACACUGGUGCUCCUAGGAGUUGUUCAAGACCCCAACAUGGUCAACAGUGGGAUGGCCUUACUUAACAUAGCUGGUAUCAUGGUGGGCUCGGGGUUCCUCAGGGGUACUCAGCAGAUGCCAGUGGUGUUCCAGUGGCUGAGUUACCUCACUUUCCAGAAGUACGGCUGUGAGCUCCUCAUUGUGACUGAAUUCUAUGGCAAGAACUUCACCUGCAGUGCGGCUGCCAGUAACCCAGCAGCGUGUUUCAUAAAGAACGGUGACACUAUUAUAGAUCAGGGUUACCCAGGAGCACCUUCACGCUACACUCUGGACUUUCUCCUGCUCUACACCUUCCUGCCUUUACUCGUACUGCUGGGGGUCAUCAGCUUCAAGAUACGAGACCACCUCGUCAGACGCUGAGCCUGUGUGUGUGUGUGUGUGUGUGUGUGUGUGUGUGUGUGUGUGUAUGUGUGUGCUUGUGUUUGUGUGUGGAAGCAAUAAUUGUCAAGUGUGUUAUUUGCCUUUGUCAGAUGACAGUUUCCAAUAAAAAAUAUAUCAAAUAAGCUUUUCCUGGCCAUGACUGUUAAGAUAUAGUAAUAGAUAAUAUUCAGUGUGACUGUACAUAUAACAUUGUGCAUAAUAAACAUUUAAACAAUAAAA